AGAGGAAAAUACGCAGUACACAAUCUAAAAAGCACGUUGGACUUUCUACCCAAAAAAAGCACGUUUGGACCAACGUUAAAUAUUGACUAAAAUUCAAGACUUCUUUCCAUUGCAUUGCACCUUCUAGACUCCAUUCAGAUCCUAAACAAAAGCAUUAACCAAACUAACUAUCCUUUCCAUAUAUAACUAACUACCCCUUCCUACUUCUCCAUUCAUCUUCUCUCAAUUCUCAACUAUUCCACCAAAAUUCAAAAUCAAUUAUAAGUCGCUUAAUCAAAAUGCCACCAUUUGCGGGUUCUCAUCCAACAAGAACAGAUUCAAACAUAGUCACAAUCGACGUUGGAGGACAAAUGUUCCAAACAACUAAACAAACAUUAACCUCAGCAGGACCAAAAACUUUCUUCUCAUCAAUCUCACAAACUUCUUCACUUUUCACACCUUUCAUAGAUAGAGACCCUGAAAUUUUCUCACUCCUUCUCUCUCUCCUCAGAACCGGUAAUCUUCCAUCAAAAGCCAAAUCAUUCGAUCUUCAAGACCUAAUUAUUGAAUCUCAAUUUUACGGUAUUGAAAAUCUCUUAAUCAAUUCUCUCUCUAAUCCUGAACAAUUAGAACCUUUCAAUCUUCAAAAAUCGAUUCAGUUACCUUUAAACGGAAGAGAUUCACCUUCCACCGUCGCAACCACCCCUUACGGUUCUCUUCAUGUUGCUCACGGUAGUAAGAUUACGACGUUUGAUUGGUCUCUUCGUCGGAAAUCGACUGUUUUAACGCACUUUACGGCCGUUGAUUCUCUACUUGCUUUAUCGCCGUCGCUUGCCGCUGCCGGUGCUAAUGAUUUCUCCGGUCUUCAGAUUCUUGAUUUGGAAAACGGUUACGUGAAAGAUACGUUAAAUUGGGAAAACGUAACGAAAUCUGGUUCUACAGUUCAAGCUAUUGGAUCUUCGCCGGAGCAAAUGUUUGUAAGCUUUGAAUCUUCUCGGAGAAACUCGAAUUCGAUUGUUGUUUAUGAUUUGCAUAGUUUGAGACCAGUAACAGAAAUUGCACACAAUGAGAUCUAUGGUGCUGAUAUUGAUUCAGCGAUUCCGGCGACGAAAUUGCAGUGGAUUGAAAGUCAUAAUCUGUUAAUGGCGUCUGGGUCUCACAGUGGUCCUUCCGGCGUUUCCGGUAAUAUUAGGUUAUGGGAUGUUCGUUCCGGUAACGUUGUUUGGGAGAUUUCUGAGAAAGUUGAUUGUUUUGCUGACGUGGCAGUUUCUGAUUCAUUGAAUGCUAUGUUCAAAAUUGGUGUGAAUUCUGGGGAAACGUUUUAUAUGGAUAUGAAGAAUUUGGGUGCUGAGAAAAAUUCAUGGGUUUGUUUAGGUGAUAAGAGAAAGGUUUUGAAUGGGAAAAAAGAAGGUUUUGGUUGCAAAAUUGAAACACAAGGGAAUCAAGUUUUUUGUACUAAAGGUGGUGAUGUUGAACUUUGGUCAGAGAUUAUAAUGGGUUCUUCUAAUAACAGGAUUUUCAAGAAGAAUUUGAUGGGAAGAGUGCAAGAUAUGGGAGGUGCUAAGAUUACUAAUUUGGCCUUUGGUGGAAGUAGAAUGUUCUUGACUAGAAAGGAUUUGCAAUGUGUUGAAGUUUGGCAGAGUUCUUCAAGGGAACUUUGAGUUUGAUUAGUAGUUGUUUUAUUCUUUUAUUUGUUAUUAAAACAUGGUUGGUUGCAUUAACCUACAAACUUGUACAUUUUUUGUUGUUUGGGAGGUUUAGUCAAGUUGGAAAUUGUUUUAAUCUUUUUCUCAUCAGAAAUUUCAUCCUGUAAUGUAUUGGAUGGUUAGUUUUGUGAGACAAAUUAAAUAUAGAUAUUAUCUUAUUAUUCAA